CGAGCGCGCCACGGCCCGGGCCCCGGGAGCAGCGGCUGCAAAGCCAGGAAGCGACCAUGUCUCCGUUCCUCCGCAUCGGCCUGUCCAACUUUGACUCUGGGACCUGCCCGCCAAGCCAGGGACAGGCAGUGAGCCCCUACUGCGCGGUGCUGGUGAAAGAGAGUGUGGAUGCAGAGGGCGGGCAGAUGUACGUGCAGAGAAAGCCGACCAUGUACCCACCCUGGAACAGCACCUUCGACGCGCACAUCACCAAAGGCCGGGUCAUGCAGAUCAUGGUCAAGGGCAGGAACGCCGACCUCAUCUCUGAGACCACUGUGGAGCUGGCCUCGCUGGCCGACAGGUGCCGAAAGAACAAUGGAAAGACGGAGAUAUGGCUGGAGCUGAGACCCCAGGGUCGGAUCCUAAUGAAUGCAAGGUACUUCCUGGAAAUGAGCGACACCAAGGAGGCCAGCGAGCUGGAGAGCGAGGGCUUCUUCGCGCUGCACCACCGCCGCGGGGCCAUCAAGCAGGCACGCGUGCACCAUGUCAAGUGCCAUGAAUUCACGGCCACCUUCUUCCCGCAGCCCACCUUCUGCUCCGUCUGCCACGAGUUCGUCUGGGGCCUCAACAAGCAGGGCUACCAGUGCCGACAGUGCAAUGCCGCCAUCCACAAGAAAUGCAUCGACAAGGUGAUUGCCAAGUGCACGGGGUCAGCGGUCAACAGCCGAGAAACCAUGUUCCACAAGGAGCGCUUCAAGAUAGACAUGCCACACCGCUUCAAGGUCUGCACCUACCGCAGCCCCACCUUCUGCGAGCACUGUGGGACGCUGCUGUGGGGGCUAGCGCGGCAGGGCCUCAAGUGUGAUGCAUGCGGCAUGAACGUGCACCACAGAUGCCACAGCAAGGUGGCCAACCUGUGUGGCAUCAACCAGAAGCUCAUGGCGGAGGCACUGGCCAUGAUCGAGAGUGCCCAGCAGGCACGGUGCUUACAAGACACGGAGCACAUCCUCCGGGAAGGGCCUGUUGAGAUUGGCCCCCCUUGCCCCGGCAAAGGAGAGGCCCGGCCGCCCUCCACUCUGGCACCAGCUCCGGCACCUGGGAAACGAGAGUCUCAGGGCAUCUCCUGGGAGACCCCGCUGGAUGGGGUGCAGCCCCCAAUCCCCUGUGCACAGCCAGACCAAACCCGGGACAAGCUACCCCCUCGUGCCAAGCUCAGCAUCGAUGACUUCAUCCUGCACAAACUGCUCGGCAAAGGCAGCUUCGGCAAGGUCUUCCUGGCUGAGUUCAAGAAAACCAACCAGUUCUUCGCCAUCAAAGCACUAAAGAAGGAUGUGGUGUUGAUGGAUGACGACGUAGAGUGCACCAUGGUGGAGCGCAGGGUGCUCUCACUGGCUUGGGAGCACCCCUUCCUCACGCACAUGUUCUGCACUUUCCAAACCAAGGAAAACCUCUUUUUCGUCAUGGAGUACCUCAAUGGGGGUGACCUCAUGUUCCACAUCCAGGCCUGCCACAAGUUUGACCUCUCCAGAGCCACGUUCUAUGCUGCUGAGAUCAUUCUGGGGCUGCAGUUCUUGCACGCAAAGGGGAUCGUGUACAGGGACCUGAAGCUGGACAACAUCCUGCUGGACCAGGAUGGCCACAUCAAGAUCGCCGACUUCGGGAUGUGCAAGGAAAACAUGUUAGGCGGAACCAAGACCAGUACUUUCUGUGGGACCCCCGACUACAUCGCCCCUGAGAUCCUGCUGGGCCAGAAAUACAACCACUCGGUGGACUGGUGGUCUUUCGGAGUCCUGCUGUACGAGAUGCUCGUGGGCCAGUCGCCAUUCCAUGGGCAGGACGAGGAGGAGCUGUUCCAGUCCAUCCGCAUGGACAGUCCCUUCUACCCACGCUGGCUCCAGAGGGAUGCCAAGGACCUGUUGGGGAAGCUUUUCGUGAGAGAGCCAGAGAAGAGACUGGGCGUGCGAGGAGACAUCCGGAAGCACCCCCUGUUCCGGGAGAUCAACUGGGAGGAGCUGGAGAAGAAGGAGAUUGACCCGCCCUUCAGGCCCCAAGUGAAGUCCCCGAGCGACUGCAGCAACUUUGACAAGGAGUUCCUGAGUGAGAGGCCACGCCUGUCCCUGGCCGACCGCACGCUCAUCAACAGCGUGGACCAGAGCAUGUUCCAGAACUUCUCCUUCAUGAACCCGGGCAUGGAGCGCCUCAUCUCCUGAACGAGAACACAGUUGGGGGACACUGCCCGCCAGCGGGCUCCAGGAGGGGAAUCCAGGACUGCAAGGCCUCGGGCCGGGCCACAACUCUCCGGACUCUGCGCUGUUGUAGCA